AUGUCCGUUCUAACAGCAACAUCUGGAGAUGCCGACGCGAUUGCAACGUUGAAGAAGGAUUUAUCUCCAACUGCGGAGCUGCUGACCCCUGCGCAGCAGCUAGCAGAGUUUGAAGCUCAGGACAAAUGCCUGGAGCCCUCUGCUUCUCGUAUUGCUCAGGAUGAUCGACUUCAUACUGCAUUGCCUAGUAGUGAUGAGGAUGAGGAGGCCGUAGUUAGUCAUCCUGUCACUGAUAACACGGAGAGAGCUACCUGCCAGUCCCCUGUUACUAAUCAGAAGAAAGGAGCUGCUUCUCGGCCCCUUUGGAAAGCAGCAGAGACGUGGACUCUGCCCCCUGUAACCGUUACUGUGCUGUCUAGACAUCCAGCUGCUGCAGGGAAAUGGGAAGAAGAGCGCGAUGAGGCAUGCGGGGACACAAGUACCUCAUCCACCAAAUCCGUACAUGAGAACAGCCCCGAUGGCUUAUCCCUCUGUGACCGCCUCACCGGAAAAACCCAUGGAUCAGCAGACAUGGAUGUAUCCACAGCCGACACAAUAACUUUAACAACAAGAGAUGUUGUCACGGUGCCACUAGACGCUCAUGGUCCAAUAGGAAGAGGGUUUAGUGCACUGUUAAUUGGACGAUCUAGCAGUAUCAUAGCUGGGUUAGAUGUUUGUGUGGGUGUCACUGAUGCUGACUACACAGGGCAGAUCUCUGCAAUGGUGUCUACUUCUUAUCCUCCAGUGACUAUACCAAAAGGGACUCGCAUUGCUCAGCUUGCACCUUUUGUGAGUUGUGUUCCUAGAACAGAGCAACGAGAGCGACAGUCUGGAGGAUUUGGAUCGACCGGACCACCUCAAAUCUUCUGGUCCCAAAGUGUCUCUGCACAACGACCGCAGAUGACUUGCACCAUCUUCAACAAGACCUGCACGCCAUCCUCGAUACAGCUUAUGGGUUUAUUGGAUACCGGGGCAGAUGUGACCAUCAUCUCUCCGCGUUCCUGGCCCCUGUCCUGGCCACUUGUAAACACAGGGAUGGGGGUGGUUGGAUUGGGAGGGACUGCUCAAAGCCAUGUGUCUCAGUCGCCUCUGGCAAUCUUCAACUCCGAAGGGCAGAGAGCCACUGGUGUUCGUCAACCUACACUUGCUUUAACUUGGCUGACAUGUUAUCCAGUUUGGGUUCCUCAGUGGCCCCUGCCAAUAGAAAAAUUGCAGGCCCUGCAACAGUUAGUGGCAGAACAACUUGCUGCUGACCACAUUGAGCCCUCCCAUAGUCCAUGGAAUACCCCUGUCUUUGUAAUACAAAAGAAAUCUGGCAAAUGGCCACUUUUGCAUGACCUGAGGCAGGUAAAUGCUGUAAUGGCAACAAUGGGAGCCUUACAGCCAGGCCUGGCACCAUCAAUGGUUCCUAUGGAUUGGAACAUUGUAGUCAUAGAUCUAAAAGACUGCUUUUUCACUAUUCCAUUGGCACCAUCUGACAAAGAGAAAUUUGCCUUUACUGUUCCAUCAAUCAAUCAUGCCGAACCAUCCAAAAGAUACCAGUGGAAGGUGUUGCCCCAGGGCAUGAAAAAUUCGCCCACGAUUUGCCAGUGGUUUGUAGCCCAAGCGUUGUCACCUGUAUGUGAACAUUUCCCAGAAUGCUACUGUUUUCAUUAUAUGGAUGACAUAUUGCUUGUGGCCAGCAAGGAGGAGCAACUGAGUGAAUUAGAAACAUUGACUAGACAAAAAGUGGAAAAUGCUGGGUUACAAGUUGCUCCAGAGAAGAUCAAGCGUUCACAGCCCUGACUUGGAUGGAAAAUCACGCAGCAGGAAAUUUCUCCACAACCACCGCAGCUUGAGGUAAAAAACACUUUAACCUUACAUGAGUUGCAAAAACUUCUGGGAGCCAUCAACUGGUUAAGGCCUGUUUUAGGUAUAACCACAGAGGAGCUACACCCUCUAUUUAAGCUGCUAAAGGGGGACUGCAGCCUAACGUCUAACAGGUCUCUGACAGCAGAGGCGAAGCAGGCGUUGGACAUUUGUGCCAAGGCAAUAGAGGGCAGACAAGGCAGAAGGAGAAAUCCUGAACUGCAAAUCUGCCUGGCCCUUGUUCCCAGCAGGUACCAGCCAUUUGCAGUUUUAUUUCAGUGGGAUCAGACUGAGAAAGACCCACUACAAAUUUUAGAAUGGCUGUUUCUGCCCCACACACCACCUAAAACUGUGUGGACUACUAAUGAAAUGUUUGCCAAGCUUGUCAUUAAAGGCAGAGGAUGACUACAAGAACUAGAUGGAAGAGACCCUGCUGUCAUCUACAUCCCAGCUACAAAGGACAACUUCGAUUGGAUGCUAGCUGAGGACGCAGGAUUCCAGGCUGCCCUGGCAAGCUUUGAUGGUGACAUUUCAAUACAUCUCCCUAAACACAGAUUGUGGGCAGAAAUUGGUAGUUUACCUUUAAAGGUCACAACCAGACGCAAACAUGAACCAGUGAAAGGCCUCACGGUUUUCACAGAUGCAUCUGGAAAAACACGAAAAGCUGCAAUGACUUGGGUAAAUCCUGACACAGGACAAUAGGAACGAGAGGUACAGACCAUGAACCAAGUUUCUGUACAGGUUCUGGAACUGGCUGCCAUUUGCAUUGCCUUAGGGAAAUUUUUUCUGAACAACCUAUUAAUAUUGUUACCGAUUCCUGUUAUACUGCAUAGUUAGUCUCCCGUCUCGAGAGUUUGUUUCUUCUAGAUAUCAUUAACCCUCACCUCU